CCCCCCUCUCGUCGUAGCCCUCCCUCUCCAAUAUUGCCACCGUGCUCAGAGUAUUGCCGCCUGACCCCCUUCUGCAGCGCCAGUCGCAGCACCUCCGUCGGGGCGCGUUCCGCAAUGGCCGCCGCCGCGCCUCCCCCGCACCACUCGGAGGAGUCGGCCCUCUUCUUCGUGCCGAAGAGGCUGGACCUCGAGGUGCGCUCUCGGGAUCGCGUCAGCGCGGCCGCCCCGAUGUUCUGGGACGUGCCGGGCGAGCACGGCAGCGGUCUCCUGGACGAGCUGGACUCGCUGGACUCGCUGGACGUGCCUGCGGCCUCCUGGACGUGCCUGCGGGAGGCGGCCGGGCUGGGCGAGAUGGAUUCGGACGCAUCCAGCACCGUGGAGGCCUGCACUCCAGAUGCCGCCGCCUUCUCGACGGAUGGCGAGUCGAAGGACGCCGAGGCCAACUCGCAGGAUGGCUGUGCGCACGACGGCUCGAACCAGAGCGCGGGCGUGCUCAUGGGGAUCUUCCUCGUUCCGUGUAUGCAGGAGGCCUGGGCUGGUGGCUCACCGCCGACGACGGGAUGGAGCUUGGGAAGCGAGCCCCGCCCCACCUCUCUGACGCUCAUGAACGUGCCAGCACAUUACACUGAGAAUAUGCUGAAGUGGACGCUCGACGCUUUGGGGUUGCUCUCGCGGUGCGACUUCGUGUACCUGCCGCGCGUGCAGGCGGUUGGAGACGCGCUGACCCUGAACAUGGGGCACGCCCUCCUGAACUUCGUCACUCCUGAUGACGCAGAUCUCGCACGCGAUCUCCUCUCUGGCCACGCUUGGGACAGCGGCCUAGGGCACGGAUGCAAGCAUACUCCAGCAGCGGUCGUGGACGCCGCGCCCCAGGGGUACCAGGAAUGUACGAACUACGUCCAGUUCCUCACUUGGGGCUUGUCCAGCAACAACAGCAUGCUGGAUUGGCUGGACGUUCCCGCCCUCAGAACGGAUUCGCAGGUACUGCAAGUCGGUUGAGAUCCGCUUCGCUGAGCUCAUCUCCGCACGUGUUCAUGGAUCCCACCUGGCUCACAGGACCUUGGCCUGUAAGCUGCACUGUGUACGUAGCGCAGCAGAGAGGGUCAGGGGACCCACUCUCUGCCCAGGGAAUCAGUGACAGCCCGAGAGGGUGGUGCCCAUGGCCACAGCGAGGUGGGGCGAGCCAUGUUCGUGAGGGUGCGGAGGCAGGGCGCGGGAGG